GACACAGCGGUUAUCGUACUAGUAUUAUUAUUAUUUAUCUUUAUUACAUUCCUAUUUAUGCACAAACAAAAAGCUAAAACAUCGUUUCUUGCGUAGAACAAAUCGGGUUUCCAUUAUGAGUCGGACAGUAACAAGCAGGUUAAUAGCCGAAAACCGCCUGCAAAACCAAAACCAGGGCAAUCGAACACACUAAUCUACGGCGUCUGUUGUGGACCAAACUUUUUCCACAAUGUAAACCAGCCUAAACGCGAUUGGAAUAUGCGAGUGGCAAAAACUGUAAUAUGAAACGUUAAUGCUGUCAGUGGAUGCAUCCCCAUAGUUACCUGACUGUUAGUCAAAGUUUGGAUUGAGAUGUUUUUUCCCCCUGCUGGUUUCCUAGCAAGCCGGCUAAGAUAGCUAACGUUAGCUAGCAGGCUAACGUGUCUGCCUCGGUGGAGAUGGAAAAAGAUUCAUUGGAUCCUGAGGAUGUUGAACGGGCCAGAACCUUCUGGGCUGAGGAGGACGUGGAGCAGGUGUUUAAUGGUGUUUUUCAGUGCCUGGAUCACCUGAAGAGAGUCCUGCAGAUGAACACAGCAACAGAUAAAGAAUAUGUUCGGGCGCUGAAGCUGCUGCAGUGUCUGGACUGUUUUCCUCCGGCCUCCACUCAGGACUCCUCUGUCGUUCAGGUGGUCAUCGGCUCAGGUGUGCUGCUGCCGGCUGACUCCCACCUCAGCCCCUCUUCCUCUCACUCUUCCUCCCCCCUGCCUCCCUACAACGGGCCAUCCAGUCCUGUAGCUUCACCUGACAGGAGAGAGGAGCUGCUGCCCCCUCUGACCUCCGUCCAGCUGCAGUACCAGCUCCACACCUGCUGCAAGGCCUGCCUGUCCAGUUUACCCAGCAUGCCUCAGUCCAUGCCUCCGUUCUGGGGUCAGAACCCUCUGAAGGUGCCGCUGCUCUGCGGCUUUAAGAGGUUGACAGCCGUGCCCAGGAUGUCAUUGAGAGGGGGCGGGGAUGCUGAUGAGGAGGGGGUUUCUGAGGGCAUGGAGGACGGGGAUGUCGUUUACAAAACACCUUGUGGACAUAGCCUCCGUAACCACGACGACGUGAUGCGUUUCCUGUUGGCCACAGACAGCUACGACGUCCUGCGGGUGGAUUUCUUUACCUUUAACCUGUCUGUCCGGUUGGACCCUCCCCCGUUGGCGGGCCCCCAGCGGCCGGAGGUGGACCUGAGCCGGGGCGUGGAGCCCACGCCGGUGGAGCUGUGUGCCGGGGAUAGCGGCGCCCGCCCGGCAGACUUCCGCUACAGGAAGGAUCGCUGGCCAUGUGGCUGCUUCCUGAGCCGCGGCCCGACGCUGUUCAACACCUGCUGCGACUGCACCGACGGCUGCACCGACGCACAGCGCUGCGCCUGCGUCGCUCUGACCAGAGGAGGGCGCUGUUACACCCAUCACAGGCUGUACGAGCCAGUCCUGACAGGGGUGUAUGAGUGUGGACCGUGGUGUGGUUGUGAUCGGGCUCGAUGUCAGAACAGGCUGGUCCAGAGAGGGAUCAGAGUCCGCCUCCAGGUCUUCCCCACUGACGACCGCGGCUGGGGUGUCCGUUGCCGCGAUGACCUGGACCGCGGCACGUUCGUGUGCAUCUACGCAGGUGUGAUGCUGCAGAGGGUCCACAGUCCCGCCGAGCCCCCUGCCCCAAAGCUGACAAGGAUGGACCUCCCCUCAGACGACGAGGUGGAGGUGGUCACCGAGUGGCUGGCCCUGCCGGUGCUGGAGCAGGAGAGCAACCUACUGGAGCCCACCUCGCCCUCCCUGCACGUCCCGGUGAUCCAGAGACCCACUGACUCCAACACCACACCACAGGACAGAGACAAGACAGUGUUGGUGGGGGGUCCGGAACCCCCAUCUCCAUCAGCAGGUGGGUCAGGUGACCAGUCUCCAGCUCAGGACAAGACGGUUACCCUGGCAACAGCGGCGGUGAUCCACGGCAUGAACGGUGCCAAGGCGGAGACGAAGAGCAAGGGGAGUUUAAAGAGAGAAAUGAAGGUGGAGGACAUGAACUUCCUGGACGCCAGCAAGGAGGGAAACGUGGGCCGCUUCAUUAAUCACAGCUGCCAGCCAAACCUGUUCAUCCAGAACGUCUUCACAGACUCCCACGACCCCGGCUACCCCGUCAUCGCCUUCUUCACCAGCAGGGUUGUGAAGGCCGGCACUGAGCUGACCUGGAAUUACUCUGCCGACACACAAAGGAAACAGGAAGUGCCCUGUCUCUGCGGCAGCAACGGUUGCCAAGGGCAUUUUACCAUUGAGGAGAACCUGUGUGACAUGUGAGAGGCUGAAGGUGAAGCAGUCAUCCUCCUCCAGGGCCACACAUUCACUUCAACCAGACAAAAAUCUCUAUCUUUCCUACCGACGUGCUGAAACUGUUUGAAACAGCUUCUGAACACUUUUUUGUUUUUCUAAAUAAAUGGACACAGUU